UUAUUUUCCAGAAACAGCCCAAAAUGAAAUCCAAACCAUUAAUGGACUCAAAAAUAAUAAAUAAAGAAAUCUGUAUUUGCGACUGCAAGUGUCCGUGGCUUUGAAAUUGAAUUGCUGUCGAAGAAAGAAAUCAUCAAAUUUCUUAGCUUCGGAUUCUGAGACAUUCAUUCUGUGAUCUAUGAAGAUGGAUUUGAUGUCUGGUUAUAAGGGGGUUGUUGGGCUUCUUGUUGGCAACGAGAAUUCCUCAAAUGAAGAUAGAUAUGUUGAGCGCUUGCUUGACCGGAUAAGCAAUGGUAAACUACCAGAGGACAGGAGAAAUGCUAUUACUGAGCUUCAGGCUGUUGUCUCAGAAAGUCAAGCUUUCCAGUUAGCAUUUGGGGCAAUGGGCUUUCCUAUAAUGCUAAGUGUCUUGAAGGAAGAACGUGAUGAUGUUGAGAUGGUUCGUGGUGUCCUGGAAACACUUGUAAGUGCAUUGACUCCUAUUAAUCAUUCAAAAGGGGCAAGUAAUGAAGUUCAUCCAGCUUUGAUGAACACUGAUUUACUUUCUAGAGAAGCAGAUUGUAUCUCUCUUCUCCUAAGUUUGUUGGAAGAGGAUGAUUUCUAUGUACGAUAUUAUACUCUGCAACUAUUGACUGCCCUUCUCACCAAUUCUCCACAGAGGUUACAGGAAGCAAUAUUGACUAUCCCUCGUGGUAUAACUCGACUAAUGGACAUGCUUAUGGAUCGUGAGGUAAUAAGGAAUGAGGCAUUAUUGCUUCUUACUCAUCUGACCCGUGAAGCUGAGGAGAUUCAAAAAAUUGUCGUCUUUGAAGGUGCAUUUGAGAAGAUUUUCAGUAUCAUAAGAGAGGAGGGAAAUUCAGAUGGUGGUGUUGUGGUACAGGACUGCCUUGAACUGUUGAACAAUUUGCUUCGUAGCAAUGCAUCCAAUCAGGUACUACUAAGAGAGACUGUAGGACUUGACUCAUUGAUAUUGAUUUUGAAGCUGAGAGGAAGUAGUUUCACUUUUAAUCAACAAAAGACAAUCAAUCUACUCAGUGCAUUAGAAACCAUUAAAUUGUUACUAAAGGGAGGUUCUGAGUCUGAUCCUGGGAAAGAUAUGAAUAAACAGACAAAUAAGACUACUCUGGUUCAGAAAAAGAUAUUGGACCAUUUGUUAAUAUUAGGGGUUGAAAGCCAAUGGGUACCUGUUCCUGUUCGCUGUGCGGCAAUGCGAUGCAUUGGUGAUUUGAUUGCUGGAGAUUCAAAGAAUCGUGAUCUUCUUGCUAGCAAAGUUCUUGGAGAGGAGCCACACGUUGAACCUGCUCUGAACUCUAUACUUAGAAUCCUUUUGAGAACUUCUAGCAUGCAAGAGUUCAUUGCUGCUGAUUAUAUUUUCAAAAGCUUUUGUGAGAAAAAUGCUGAUGGCCAAUCAAUGCUGGCGUCUACGCUAAUUCCACAGCCAUAUUCCAUGAAUCAUGCAUUCCUCGAGGAGGAUGUCAAUAUGUCUUUUGGCAGCAUGCUAUUACACAGUCUUACUUUGGGUGAAAAUGGUGAUCUUGAGACUUGUUGCAGAGCUGCUAGUGUUCUAUCUCAUAUGUUGAAGGACCAUCUCCAAUGCAAGGAAAGGGUUUUAAGAAUUGAAAUUGAGGCAGCACCCAUGCAAUCUUUAGGAGCUCCAGAGCCACUAAUGCAUCGAAUGGUGAAAUAUUUGGCUGUUGCUUCUUCCAUGAAAUUCCAUGAUGGAAAGUCUAGUACAUCAGGAAACUCUUAUGUUCAGGCCAUUAUCUUGAAAUUACUGAUUACCUGGCUAGCAGAUUGCCCCAGUGCAGUGCACUGCUUCCUAGAUGCUCGCCCCCACCUUACUUAUCUUCUUGAGCUGGUAUCAAAUUCUUCUGAAACAGUGUGUAUAAGGGGUUUUGCGGCAGUUGUCUUGGGUGAAUGUGUGAUCUAUAACAAAUCCACUGACCGUGGAAAAGAUGCAUUUGCCAUUGUUGACACAAUAAGUCAGAAAAUUGGGCUUAGUUCAUACUUUUUAAAAUUUGAUGAGAUGCAGAAAAGUUCCAUUUUUUCUAGUUUGGAGUCAUCCCUGACCCACAGAUCAUUCGCUAGAUCUUCAGCAGCUAGCAUGGCAGAUAUAGAAGAUGUAGAUGGGAAUGAUUUGUCAGAAAAGAAAAAUCUGGACCAUCCAAUUCUAUCUUCAAUCUUGGAUUCUAACUUCAUGAACCUUGUCAAAAGUCUAGAGGCAGAUAUUAGAGAACAGAUUGUGGAGGUUUAUAGCCGUCCAAAAAUGAAGGUGGCAGUAGUGCCAGCAGAAUUAGAGCAGAGGAGUGGUGAAAGUGAUGCUGAGUAUAUAAAGCGGCUGAAGGUUUUUGUUGAGAAACAGUGCUCUGAGAUACAGGAUCUUGUUCUUCGAAAUGCUUCUAUGGCUGAGGACCUGGCUAAGACAGGUAGUACUUUGCAGCCUGAGCAAAGAGUGAGUGGGGGCUCAGAUAGAGUCCCAAUUGAGACACUGCAUAGAGAUCUCCAAGAAGCAUCUCAAAGAUUGGAGAUGCUUAAGGCAGAAAAGGCUAAAGUUGAAUCUGAGGCGAUAAUGUAUCGGAAUUUAGCUGGAAAGACAGAAGCUGAUCUAAGGAGUCUGUCUGAUGCCUACAAUAGUCUGGAGCAAUCUAACUUGCUACUGGAGAAUGAGGUGAAAGCACUGAAGAGAGAAGGGCACUCAACAUUCCCAGAUGUGGAUGCAAUAAAAGCUGAAGCAAGGGAAGAAGCACAGAAGGAGAGUGAGGGUGAGCUGAAUGAUCUGCUUGUUUGCCUUGGGCAAGAACAAAGCAAGGUAGAAAGACUUAGUGCUAGAUUGUUGGAGUUGGGAGAGGAUGUUGACAUACUGCUUGAAGGCAUUGGUGAUGAUGCUGGGGCUGCUGAAGAUGGUGAAGAUGAGGAAGAUGAUGAAUAAUAGAUUUUUUGUCUCUACCUCACUUUUUACAUUUUAUGUUGAAUUGUACAGUCUAACACGAAUUAUGGUGAAUGGAUCAGUGCUUGUAUUCCUUGGUUGGAUUUUAAAUUAUGAUCCUUGAGGAGCUGUUGCUGGUUUUAUUUUAUUUUGCAAUAUUCAGGGUGAAUAAAUUAUCUCUACAUUUUCUUUA